AUGGUAUUAGUGUCACAAUGGGCAGAUAGUGAUGAUGAAGAUCAUAAAUUGCCAAAUAAAGUAAAAGAUAUAGAUCUAACUAAGAAUGAAAAGAAAACUGUUGGAAUAAGUGAGAGUAAGUGGGCAGAUGCAGAAUCAGAUUCAGAUACAAAUGUAAAAGAAAAAGAAAUUAUAAGGCCAAAAGGUCCAAAAAGUUAUAAUCAUAAUAACCAUUAUAGAAAUAAUACCAAUCACAAUAGACAGUACAAUAACGAUCACCAUCAUAACAACAAUAACAAUCAAAGUAAUAAUCAUAAUUAUCAAAACAGAUCACCUAACAAAAGACAGUAUAAAACCAAUCAAUUACAUUAUAAUCAGGCUCCAGAAGAAGAUGACGAUGAUGAUACAGUAUAUGAUGAAGGUGAAGAAGUAGAAGAAAAAUUAUACGCCAAAGGUCCAGUGACUAAGGCUGCUCAAUCCUUAGCCUCAAGAAUAACGUUAGCAAAUAAGUCUUCGUCAAAUAAUAGCAGACCAAAUAGCAAAAACAGUCAUUUUAGUGAAAAUACAGCAUAUGAAGAAGAGGAAGAUCAAGAAGAAGAAUGGGAAGAUGACGACGAUGAUGUAGACGAGGAAGAUGGCGAGGAGGUUGAUGACGAGGAAGAAGACGAUCGUGAUGAUGAUGAAGAUGAUGAAGAGCCAGAAAGACUAGCAGGAUAUGUCAACCCAUUAGCUGCUAGAUUAGAUGGAUUCAAAACCAAUAAUAAACUAGGUCAUACUCAAUCAAAAUUCAAAAAAUCCGGCAAUAAACCGUCAAUAAGAGAAAAAAUUAAAAAUUCAUCAACGUUACCUGAGAUCAAGUCUAAAGAGACACGAACUAAGGGAGCUUCAAUAUCAUUUUCAUCAUUCACAAAAACCCCAAUUAAUAAUAAACAACAAAAAUUCGAUUUUACUAAAACUCAAUCUCGUCAAAAGCAAGUAGAAGAAGAUAUAGUAGAUGAAGAAAAAGAAAGAAAAGAAAAGGAAGAUUUAUUAAAAAUGAUUGAAGAAUUUGAAAGUAAAAAAAUUGAUUGGGCUAGUUUUGAUGAGUAA